AUGAAGCGGCUAAUCAAGAGCUUACAGAGCUUCUCGCCGACCUCGUCGGAGCAUGUGGAUCUGUUCAGCAAGAUGACGCUGGGGGACUUUGGCUUCUACGUUAGCGACACAGACGCAAUGCGAUACAUGGCGUACAACACCUAUCCCAUUGCAGAGCACGCCUUCCAUCUUGAGAACGCACUGCACCAACACAGGCUCAGCACCAGGACGACACAGGUCUCCCCCAUGGCCUGGAAGUCGUCAAGUAACGACGUCAUCGGCUGCUCGACGCUCUACCAGGACGAGGCAGUCACAUUGUGCUGGUUUGUGAUACCGCCUGGCAGGGCACUGCCGCUGCACGAUCACCCGGGUAUGACGGUGUGGCAGCGCGCCAUGCACGGCCGACUGCAUAUCUACUCCAUCGCUCGUGCAGCCACCUCACAAGCCGGCGCCAGUGCACUGGCAGCGCCAAUUAACGGCACUGUGCUCUUCGACGGUGAGGUAGAGGGGAUCGGGCAUGCGAUUCCGGCGUCAGAUGUGCUGAAGUUUACGCCCGCGGGAAGCAGCAGCGGCGUGCUGCAUGAAAUUCGCAAUAUCGAUGCAGCGCAGCCCGCCUUGUUUGUGGACAUCAUUUCGCCUCCGUACAACCAAGCACCGUCCAACAUUCCAUGUGGCUACUACACUGCCGAACCCCUCGAUGCCACUGCCACACUUCUGCCCUCUCUCGACGAGGACUGUGGUGUGCGCCAUCAGCUGAAGGCGGGUGACAAGGUGCGCCUGCACCCCCGCAGCAACUACAGCGGUCCCGCCAUGGAUGCAUUCGUGCGCAUUGGGUGA